UUUGUGAAGCGCCUCGCUUUCAAGUGCCUAUGGAAUCGAAUUUAACGAGGUCUAAUAGUAGACUGUGAGCCAGAAGUGGACUGAUAGUUAUUGUUUUUCCCAUGUGUUGGCUACCUGUUGCUCAGUAAUUUAUUGCACAUUUUUGAAAACUUACUCUCGCCAUGUCGCUUAUGAGCAGUUUUGGUGUGAUCACCAAAAACUUCAAACUAAAACCACAACAGUAUAUCAUAGACAACUUGGCAUUUAGGUUGCACUACAAGGCAACAGUACUAUUUUUUCUGGUUGGGACUAUUCUGGUAACCUCAAGGCAGUACAUAGGAGAACACAUCAGGUGCAUUGCAGAUAAAGGUGUACCUGAACAUGUUAUGAACACUUUUUGUUUUUUCACCACUACGUUCACUGUACCAUACGUGAAUGAAUCGAAACAAGAUUUGGAAAAGAUAACCUUGCAGAUAAAAAAUUUGGAUGCAAAACUUUUGGACUCUGGUAACUUGGCUCAUCCAGGUGUUGGACCUUACGAUUUCUCAGAGCCAAUUAAGAGGCAUGCGUAUUACCAGUGGGUCCCUUUUGUGCUUUUCGGACAAGGACUGAUGUUUUAUUUGACACAUUUAUUAUGGAAAAAGAUGGAAGGAGGAAGACUGAGAUAUUUAGUUGACGGCUUGCGAUACGCUGCAUUUUCAUUAGACGAAAAACAGCUUCAAGUUGAUAAAGACAGCAAAAUACCAUCGAAGUCGGACAAGGAGCAGAAAAUUCAAGAGAUCCGAAAUAUAUUCCUACAAGGAAUUUAUAUCAAUCGAAGCUGGUCCAUGAAAUUAAUUCUUUGCGAGAUAGCCAACCUACUUCACGUCGUUCUGCAAAUCUAUAUAACCAAUGCGUUUUUAAGCGGAAAUUUCAAUAAUUUGGGUGUCGAUGUUUGGAGAAAUGGUUUAGAAUCUAGCGUUGAUGUCCUAGAUGAAGUAUUCCCCAAGAUCACAAAGUGCACCUUCCACAAAUACGGUCCAUCAGGCAGCAUCCAACUGCACGAUGCCAUGUGUGUCAUGGCACUCAACAUCAUUAACGACAAAAUCUACACCGCCUUAUGGUUCUGGUUCGUCUUCCUCUUCGCUUUCUCAGCGCUAGCUCUCCUUUGGAGACUGGCCACCAUAGUCCUCCAUGCUAGAAGCUCCAGCUUCAACAAGAUGGUCUUCGCCAGCUCUUGUCCAGGAAGGCUCAAUCCCUGGAACAGGUUCAUGGUGUCUAAACAUUGCAACUACAGCGAUUGGCUGUUUUUGGUGUACUUGGCCAAGAAUUUGGAUCCGAUGGUGUUUAGGGAGAUUUUUCAAGGGAUAGCUGAAGAUUUGGAAGAGAAGAAGUCUAUGAAGACGCCGUUGAUUAAUAGUGAGGAGCUGGUUAGUCUCUCGUGAUUGAGAUACUCGGCAUGUGUGGGGCUUUUUCAUCAACAGAUUUUGUGAUACCCAGAGAUCUUUGCAAUACCUAACAUAUAAAGGUUUCAGAGUUGUUCAGUUGGUAAUUAUUUAGAGUUAGCAUUUAUCAAUUUGAAUGAAUUUGUUCUUGGUUUGAUAUGAUAUACUGCAUAUCAAAUCACAGGGAGUCGAAGUUGGAUCAAAUAUAAUUUGGGAUUCGGAAUUAAUUUUUUGCCUGCUCACUUUGAAGGGAUUACAUAUUCUAAAAGUCGGUAUGCAGAGUUACUUCCAAAAUGCUAGAUAAUAUUUAAAUAGUUCCUUGGGAUUUUUUAAAAUGAGAAAUGUAAUACAACAUGGCCAUUCUCUUAUUUAUAGAACUGAUUUUCAUAACAUGGUUUUUAAAAAUAAGAACGACAUAAAUGUUUAUAAGUCUAACUAUACAUUCUGCUUUGAGUGUGAGUUUACUGAUCUACUUUUUGUAUUCUGUGAAUGGAGAGUUGUAUGUGAUGUUAAUUUGAAAUGGUCAUAGUCAUAAAAAUAUGAUCACUUCGUUUAUUGAUUAUUUUACAUUGAAUAUAUUUUUUAC